UAGAGAAGAAGAAAAAAAAAAAACAGAUAGGAAAAUGGGUGCUUCAGCUUCCUCUUCAGUCACACAAAAAUCGAUCCACGAUUUCAACGUCAAGGACAGUAAAGGCAAUGAUGUGAACCUGAGUGUUUAUAAAGGCAAGGUCUUGCUUGUUAUUAAUGUCGCGUCCAAAUGUGGGUUCACGAACUCAAAUUACACACAGAUGACUGAGCUUUAUUCCAAGUACAAGGAUAAAGGUUUUGAGAUAUUGGCCUUCCCUUGCAAUCAAUUCUUGUAUCAAGAGCCAGGCUCAAGCCAAGAAGCAGAACAAUUUGCUUGCACAAGAUUCAAAGCUGAGUAUCCCAUCUUUCAAAAGAUAAGAGUGAAUGGGCCAAAUACAGCACCUGUGUAUAAGUUCCUUAAGGAAAGUAAAGGUGGUUUUUGCGGGUCUCGCAUAAAGUGGAACUUCACCAAGUUUCUAGUUGACAAAGAUGGUCGUGUUAUCAAACGUUAUGGGACCUCUACCCCACCCUUGGCAAUCGAGGGUGAUAUAAAAAAAGCUCUCGGUGAAGAUUGAUAGGCGCGCAUCCGGUUUUGUUGUUAAAUUUGUGACCUUAACAUUUUAUGGUAUUGCAAAACUGUAGACAGCAGCAAAAAAACUUAGAUGUGUGUAUUCUUUUUCACCCAUUUUCCCACACAUUUAUAGAGUGCUUGUAUUAAUGGUUCUUAUGGCACUUUUUGUGAUAUUACAUAAAAAUCUGGUUGUUUCUUUUAAAAAAAAUGGUGUGAUGGAAACUACUGAACAGAGGGAUUUUUAUCUGUGGAGGUGUGUUGAUCGAAAAACUUUGCCCACACGGAUGGGAUGAAAUUUACCCUACUGAAUUAUUUUUACCAUUGGAAUGUCACCACACUCAGCCUUGAACUUUUAUCAGUUGGAAAUUUAUGAUUUUGGAAAUUGGAACAGUGAUAACAAAAGGUCACUUAAUAGAA